GUCUGAAGGUAUAUAAUGUUGUGGUUGCCGUUCAGCUCCCCAUUGUAUUGAUACACCCGUCGACUGACUACCCUCAAGAUGUUCAACAGAACCACGUACUGGCUUUGCGUCCUUCAGCUUCUGUGUUCCGCCGUAUCAAUCCAUGCUUCACCAAUUUUGAACCAGCAUGAAGAUGUCACAAGAACCGUCAAGACGGAAUGUCACACCAAUGCCGAGUGUUUGGCCGCCGGAUUGCCCCUAUUAAAACCUUCCCCACGUCGACUGGUCCACCGGGCUGGAGGGUCGGGCAGCGUGGUUACAUUCCCGGUCGUAGCUUACCCUGCUGGAUCACCUGGUCCUAAUCCUCAAGCGGUCAAAAGACGAUCCAUCUUGGCACAUCGUGGCAAAAUUGCAGAGAGGGCAUAUGGAGCGCCGCCUGCGGAAAGUCUGGGAUACGUCAAAGCUGGCGUUGCCACUCUGGGUGAACUGAUUGGAACAACCGAUGACCCAUCGGAAGCGCUCUACGUCACUUACGAUUCCACCUUAAUCAGCACCACGCAGAAUUUGGAGCUAACGGACGGCGGAGUCGUCAAAUACCUCUGUCUCGCCAGUGACGAUGACGAACAGGACACUGCAGACACUACAAUGUCUUCGUCAUCAACCAACGACGUUCGUCUCACGGAAUGCGCGUCACCUGGGCUUCCAAACUCUUCACCCUCUGAUCAAACGAGCGCCCGUGGAAAUACCGCAGCUGAGGCCGCAGUCUGGUCUGUCGACUCAAACACCGGACUGAUUACAGCGACUUGGACCAAUCCAGCUGGAACAUCUCCUGCGUCUGCUCCGCUCGGCAUCAUGUACAAUAACAACGAUCCAAGUGGUUCUUCGUGGUACCUUACAGGUGCACCAGCUGAUUUCACAGAGGAGCUUCCUUACUUUUCUGAGGGCCAUUUUUUCGUAUGGUUUCCCGAAAGUGGCUAGAGGAUCGUCGUGAUGGAUACAGGCUUCGCGAGGUCUGCCUAGGACCAAACUUUCAGCACGGUCAGAC